AUGUCUGCCCCAAUCAACGAGCCCAUCGCCGUCGUUGGCAGUGCUUGCAGAUUCCCCGGAGGGUCAUCCUCCCCCUCUAAGCUUUGGGAUUUGCUCAAAAACCCCCGUGAUGUUUUGGGAAGAAUUGACCGAUUCAAGGCGGAGAGUUAUCACCACGUUGAUGGCCACCACCACGGUGCCAGCAAUGUUCUCGACGCCUACUUAUUGGACGAGGAUACCCGCACCUUUGACACUCAGUUCUUCAGCAUCCAGGCUGGAGAAGCCGAAUCCAUCGAUCCCCAGCAGCGUGUUUUGCUCGAGUCAGUUUACGAGGGCAUUGAGUCUGCUGGCAUGACAGUUGAAGGCUUGCAAGGCACCCCCACCGCCGUCUAUGUCGGCCUCAUGUGCGACGAUUACAACGGAAUCGCCUACCAUGAUGGCGAAGCCGUUCCCAAGUAUGCGGCUACUGGCACUGCUAGAAGCAUCAUGUCCAACCGAGUGUCAUACUUCUUCAACUGGACCGGCCCGUCGAUGACCAUCGAUACUGCUUGCUCCUCCAGUCUUGUCGCUGUUCAUCAGGCAGUGCAGACUUUGAGAAGCGGCGAGUCUCGCGUUGCAGUUGCCGCAGGUGCCAACCUUAUUUUUGCUCCAAAAAUGUUCAUUGCUGAGAGCAACCUCAACAUGCUGUCUCCCACUGGUCGAUCCCGUAUGUGGGAUGCUGGAGCGGAUGGUUACGCCCGCGGUGAAGGUAUUGCAUCAGUAGUCUUAAAGACGCUGAGUGCGGCCAUUGCUGACGGAGACAACAUUGAGUGCAUUAUCCGAGAAACUGGCGUCAAUCAAGAUGGAAGAACCCCGGGUAUCACCAUGCCGAGCUCGACAGCUCAAGCUGCUUUGAUCCGUCAAACUUACGCCAAAGCCGGUCUCGAUCUCAAUAAGACAACCGACCGCCCUCAAUAUUUCGAAGCUCACGGAACUGGCACCAAGGCUGGCGACCCUCAAGAGGCGGGUGCCAUCUUCCGGGCAUUCUACGAUGGAAGGGGUAUCACUGACCCAGAAGAUAUCCUUCAUGUUGGUUCUAUUAAAACUGUCAUUGGACACACCGAGGGCACCGCCGGUCUUGCUGGCCUCAUCAAGGCAUCUCUAGCCAUUCAGAACAAGACAAUUCCUCCCAAUAUGCAUUUCAACACCUUGAACCCGGAUCUGGAGCCAUAUUAUGGCCACCUACAGAUUCCCACCGUGGCUAAGGCGUGGCCUGAGCUUCCAGACGGAACACCACGCAGAGCAAGUGUAAACAGCUUUGGGUUUGGUGGUACAAAUGCCCACGCCAUUAUCGAAGCCUAUGAACCAAGCACUGAGGUUGUAGCACGAAAGCAACCAGCUUCCUCUAUAGCGAAGGUGGCCAUCCCGUUUGCCUUCUCGGCUCCCUCGGAGAAGGCUCUCGCAACGCAACUCAACAGCUACCUUGCUUUCUUACGCAAGAACCCAGAGGUUGACCUGAAGGCCAUGGCCUGGACCUUGUCCCGUCGAUCAGCUUUCAACUUCCGAACAACUGUCUCUGCUGUUACUUCGGAGUCUCUCAUAUCGAAGAUUGAUUCAAAGCUUGAAGCAAAGACCUCCGGCAACACCCCCAUUGGUGUCCGUCAGCUCAAAGACGGCCAGGGAAUUCUUGGUGUCUUCACGGGACAGGGUGCCCAGUGGGCUGCUAUGGGACGCGAGCUGAUUUUGUCCUCCACUAUUGUCGAGGGUAUUAUUGACGAGCUCGAAAAGUCUCUAGGAGACCUACCAGCUGCUGAUCGUCCAACAUUUUCCCUGAAGGCGGAGAUUUUGAAACAGGGGAAGGAAUCCAGAAUUGCCGAGGGCCUGUUGUCCCAGCCCUUAUGCACAGCUGUGCAGGUAGUCCUCGUCAACCUCCUGAAGACAGCUGGUGUCACAUUUGAAGCGGUCGUGGGCCACUCCAGUGGCGAGAUUGGUGCUGCAUAUGCCGCAGGCUAUAUCAGCGCUUCCGACGCCAUUCGUAUUGCAUACUACAGAGGCUUCUACGCUAAGCUUGCUAAGGGGCCAAACGGCGAAAAGGGUUCCAUGCUGGCAGCUGGAACAUCCAUCGACGAUGCUAACGAACUUUGCCAGCUUCCCAGCUUCGAGGGUAGAAUGCAAGUGGCUGCAAGCAACUCAUCCUCCAGCGUUACCCUCUCUGGCGACGAGGAAGCCAUCGAAGAAGCUUUGGAAAUCUUGAAAGACGAGGGAAAGUUUGCUAGACAGCUCAAGGUUGACACUGCAUACCAUUCUCACCACAUGAUACCUUGCUCUGAAGCUUACACCAAAUCUUUGGAGGAGUGCAAGAUAGAGAUCUUGACUCCACCAGAGGGCUCCGCCCGUUGGUACUCCUCGGUCUUCGGUGGGAAGAGGCCUGUGAAGGGUGAUGGCCUGGAAAGCACCUAUUGGAUGAAGAACAUGCUUCAACCUGUGCUAUUCUCCCAAGCAUUGACCGAAGCACUUGCCAGCGAAGAGGUUCCGGCAAUUGCAAUGGAAGUUGGCCCCCACCCAGCUCUGAAGGGUCCGGCAAGCGGCACGAUCGAAGAAGUCCUCGGCCAUGGCCUCCCAUACACUGGGACAUUGGCCCGCGGCACUAAUGACGUCGAAUCUCUUGCCGAUACUCUAGGCUUCCUCUGGACCUCGUUCGGCCCAUCAGCUGUCGACUUUGCUGCAUAUAGGCAAUUGUUUGCCAACGCCGACAAUACGAUCAUGAAGACUCUCCCAACAUACAAAUGGGACCAUGAUCGAGUUUACUUCUACGAAGCACGUACCUCCAGAGUUCAACGCCUCCGAAAGGACCCCACCCACGAGCUUCUUGGUGUUCGAAUGGACGAUGAAGAAGAGGGAGAGUACAGAUGGCGCAAUUACAUCAAGCCAAAUGAGAUCCCUUGGCUCUCCGGCCAUCUCAUCCAGGGGCAACCUCUGUUCCCCGCGGCAGGCUUUGCUGUCAUGGCAGUUGAAGCUUCCAAGGUUCUUGUACCUGCAAGUGAGGUUGCAUUGGUUGAACUCCACAAUUUCAGCAUCCAUCGCGCACUGGCAUUCCCUGAUGAGACUGCUGGCGCCGAGAUCCUUUUUACUCUCUCGACAGUGACCAAGGGUAACGGUGUCAUCAUCGCAAACUUCACCUGCUCUGCUUGCUCAAACAGAGAUUCCGGAUCCCUCGAAUCUAUGUCCAACGGACAGUUGGUGCUCCGCCUCGGUGAGCCGUCCUCCGAUGCUCUGCCAGACAGACCAGCUCAGCCAUUCGACCUGAAGGAUGUCGAUGUCGAUGAAUUCUACGAUAGUUUGGCCGUUCUAGGCUAUAACUACAACGGUCCUUUCCGUGGAAUUUCCCAACUUCAGCGCGCAAUGGAUAUCUCAUCUGGUACCAUGUUCAUUCCCACCGAAAGCGAUGAGAUCUGCCCGUACACAAUCCACCCUACCACCUUGGAUGUCGGUUUCCAAGCACUUUUUGGAAGCGUUGGUGCACCAGGCGAUGGACGUCUUUGGACUCUCCAUGUCCCAACCACCAUCGACAGGAUCAAGAUCAAUCCUACUGCAUGCCCAACUAAUGCUGGUCUCGGUAUUGAGCUUCCAUUCAACACUGGCUUGGCUCCCCAAGAAGCCGGAACCUACGGGUUUACUGGAGAUGUCGCAAUUUAUGAUGAGGCUGGAAAACACUGCCUUGUCCAAUGCGAGAGCCUUCGUGUCUCUGCCCUUGCACGGCCGAACGAGGCAAGCGAUCGUCAUAUCUUCUCUGAGACUCUCUGGAACCUCGUCGAACCAGAUGUGACUACUAACUACAAGGAGUUUGUCGAGACUGAUCUCCAAGCACGCACUGGUAUCCUCGCCGAGCGUGCCUGCUUGUUCUACAUGAAGCAGCUCCACGAGACAAUCACCGCCGAGGAGCGAGAGAAGUGCGACUCGCACCGAAAGGCCGUCUUAAACUGGGCCGAACACAUCGUCUCUCUCACCGCUCAAGGCAUCCACCCGAUCCUCAAGAAAGAGUGGAUUAACGAUACUGCUGAAUCUCUCAAGCCAACCCUUCUCAAAGAGGCCGAGCAGUACGAGGACUGGAAGAACCUGCUGUUUGUGGGUGAUACCAUGAUUCCAUUCAUUCGCGGCGAAGUCAACAUGCUCGAGGAGUUCCAGAAGCACGAUAUGCUUGACUGGCUCUACAAAGGCACCGAUGGAACCAGGGAUUACAACGCCUACCUCGGUGGUUUGGUGAAGCAAAUUGCCCACAGAUUCCCGUAUAUGAACAUCCUGGAGAUUGGUGCUGGUACUGGUAGUGCAACUGAGGCCGUUGUCAAAUCAGUUGGCCACUCCUAUGCAUCAUACACUUACACCGACAUCUCUGAUAGUUUCUUCCCAGAAGCCUCAAAGAUUUUCGCCGAUCAUUCUAAUGGAUUCGUUUACAAAGUCCUCGAUGCCACAAAGGACGUCACUGAGCAAGGCUUUGAGGAAGGCGGUUAUGACCUAAUUGUCGCUUCCAAUGUUCUUCACGCCACCCCUUACCUUGACGAGACUCUUAGCAACACACGCAAGCUUUUGAAGCCUGGUGGAUAUUUGAUCAUGCUCGAAAUUACGGAGACUGACUGGCUCCGUCUUGGCUUCCUGUUCUCCGGAAUGUCUGGAUGGUGGGCUGGAGCUGACGACGGCCGUCCAUACACCCCAUUGGUAUCAACCGACGUGUGGGACGGUGUAUUCCGCCGCACUGGCUUCUCUGGUAUUGAUACUGUCACUCCUCCUUCUAAGAGCUGGUUGACUCCUUUCUCCGUCAUGUUGACCCAAGCUGUUGACACGGAGAUGAGCCUCAUCCGACAGCCUUUAUCUUUGCAAGCCGAAAAGCCAAUCAUUGAGAAGUUGCUGAUUCUUGGUGGACAAGAGGAGGAAACCUAUGACCUUGCCGAGGAAGUCCAGGAAAUGCUGAAGCCGUUCUACAGCACUUCGGAAAUCAUCGACAAGCUGGAAGAUAUUAAUGAGGAUAACUUCUCCUCUAAGCACACCGUCCUUUGUUUGGCGGAACUCGACGAGCCAGCUUUCAAGCCAUUCUCGGAGGCCAAAUACAGGGCUGUCCAGACCCUCAUGGACCAAGGUCAGCACAUGCUCUGGGUCGUCAAAGGAGCUAAUGGCGAGAACCCAUACUCAAGAAUGAUGAUUGGUGUCGGCCGCUGUAUGGAGGCCGAGCGCAAGGAUGGCCACAAGCUUCAGUUCAUCGAUAUGGAUCUGAAUGAGAAGCCUAAUGCGCAAAUGAUUUCGGAGACCCUCCUGCGCAUGCAUAUUGUUGAGUCGUGGAAGAACAACUCAUACAGCCCACUUUGGACUUUGGAAUUGGAGCAGCAUGUGAAAGAUGGGAAGCUAUCUGCCCCUCGAUACCAACCAUGCUCUACUCUUGACCGCCGCUACAACUCGAACAAGCGACUGAUCAAGAACGAUGUAGCCCUUGGAGCUGCCACCGUCGCCAUCUGCCGUGCCGGUGCCGCCUUCGAGCUCGAGGAACACAUUCCACAGGUGUUCGAAUUGGAAGCAUCCAGAGCCAGUGAUCUUGUUACGCUUCAAGUCAGACGAUCUGUCUUAUCUGCAAUUAAGAUUAAGUCGGUGGGGUUCUUGCACCUUGUUGUGGCCGAGGAUGUUAAGACUAAGGAGAAGGUUCUUGCUCUUACAGACAGUCACCGAUCAACUAUCUCGGUGCCCAAGACCUGGACCACCUCAAUUGAGGUUACCGAGGAAGAGGAGCUGAAUCUCCUUGUCGGUGCCGCCACUGAGCUAGUUGCUGAUGCCAUCCUUAGCAAGGCAACCGGAUCAUUCCUCGUUCAUGAGCCGACUACCUUGCUUGCCCAAGCACUCAGCCGAAAAGCUUCUGAUAAGAUUACCGUUUCUUUCACCACAGCAAAGGGUACAUCCUCAUUCCACCACAUUCAUCCAUCGACCUCCCAAACCAUCAUCGAUUCCCAUAUCCCCAAAAAUGUUUCAGCCUUCGUCGACCUCUCAGCAGCAACCGAUGCUGAUGGAAUCGGUGCUCGUAUCGAGCGACAGCUUCCUGCUAAGUGCAAGGUUAAGCACUCUGGCGUCUUCUUUGGCCCAGAAGGCUUUGCUCGCCAGACCGCCUCCGACCUCUCGGAGACUCUGAAAGAUGCUUUUGCCCGAUCGAAAGCGGAGCUCUCGAGCACCUCAUCUCUCAGCCAGGUUAAGAAUAUUUCCCUAGAGGACAUCGAGAACUGCACUGUCGAGAGUGAGACUCUCCGAACUGUGGACUGGACUGCAAAGGCUGUGGUACCAGUGAAACAGCGACUUGCUGAGAAGAAGGUGGAAUUCCGAGGUGACAAGACUUACUUCAUGAUCGGAUUGUCAGGCGACUUGGGCCUGUCUAUCUGCAGAUGGAUGAUCGAGCACGGUGCUAGAUAUAUUGUUAUCACCAGCCGAAACCCCAAAGUUGAACAGAGUUGGUUGGAUACGAUGGCUGCCAAAGGCGCUACGGUGAAGGUCUGGCCAAUGGAUAUCACGAGCAAGUCAUCCGUCAGAAAAGUCCACAAGAUGAUCUGCGAGACGCUUCCCCCCAUUGCUGGUGUUGCCAACGGUGCUAUGGUCCUCAAGGAUGGCCUCCUCUCGAGAAUGCCUCACGAGCAGUUCGGCCGAACCCUCAAGCCAAAGGUCGAUGGCUCCAUCUUCCUUGAUGAGCUCUUCCCUAAGAACAACCUCGACUUUUUCAUCCUCUUCUCCUCCCUUGCCUAUCUUGCUGGCAAUGUUGGCCAGACGCCAUAUGCGGCAGCUAAUGGCUUCAUGGUUGCAUUGGCCGAGGGACGACGAAAGCGAGGACUUGCCGGAAGUGUGAUGAACCUCGCUGGUAUUACCGGUGUUGGUUACAUUGAUCGCUUCGAUAAGGGCCUUCACGACAGUCUGGAUAAGAUGGGCUACACCAGGGCCUCCGAGUGGGAUGCCCACCAAUUCUUUGCUGAAGCUGUCAUUGCUUCGCAUCCUGACUCAGGCCGAAGCUUCGAGAUCUCCAAUGGAGUCAAAUCAUUCGAUGUGGAGAAGGAUACAGAACUUCCAUUCUGGAUCAACAUUCCCAGAUUUGCUCACUAUAAGGUUAUUAAGGCAAGUGCAGCGGAUGGAAAGGACAGCAAACGCACGGUAUCUAUGAGAGCACAGCUCAAGGAACAAACAACUGAGGAGGGCGUUAUGGAAAUACUUCUUAACGGUUUCCUCGGCGUUCUUUACCAGAAAUUGAACAUGCUACCGGAAGAUAAUGGCAUUACUACCGAAUCAAGUCUUGUGGAGCUUGGGAUCGAUUCCCUCGUCGCGGUGGAUAUGAGGUCUUGGUUCCACAAUGAGCUUGACCUCGAUAUGCCCGUGCUCAAGAUCUUGGGAGGUGCAACCGUUGCUGCUAUGGUUGAAGAUGCUUUCGAUAGACUGUCCCGAGACCUCAUCCCAAACUGCAAAGCGGGUGAGGCGGACAAGAGCGAGGGAACGGCCGGUGACAAGCCUGGCGCAAAGGUCCCGGAAGGAGGAAAGGAAAAGUCCGGCAGUGAGACCUCCGAGUCAUCAUCCGUGGUCAUUGUCUCAGCAGAGGAGGCCUCCCAAGGUACUUUGACGCCUCCUUCUUCGACGGACUCCCCUGUUGACGGCGAAAAGGAUGAUCUAUUCGAAGUGCAGCCGAUGCCCACAUUCAUCAAGACCGAAAGAAUGGCGUACGGUGCAUCGCAAUUCUGGUUCUUGGGGCAAUACCUUGAGGACCCAACCCAUUUUAAUAUUCAAUUUACGCUAUCAAUCAAGGGUGCGCUCGAUAUCCAACGAAUGGAACUUGCAAUCGAAGGUCUAGCACAAAGACAUGAAGCCUUCAGAACCGCCUUCUAUGGUAACCCCGACCGGUUGAACGAGCCGACUCAAGGAGUGAUCGAGAAAUCCAGUUAUCACCUAGUGACGAAGAAGAUCAAUGACAUUGCCGAAGUCGAAGUCGAGUCACAGAUUACACGGGAAUAUGUCUACGACAUUGAACGUGGUGACGUUGCUAGAGCUACACUCCUCUCCUUGACGCCGAAGCACAACUUCAUGAUCUUCGGUUUCCACCACAUCAUUACCGACGGUUUCACUUUCAACCUGUUCCUGACAGAGCUCAAUGCACUAUACCAAGGCAACGAGCUUCCACCCGUUGGACUGCAGUACUCCGAUCUGGCUGCAAAGCAACGGAAAGAAGUUGAAAAUGGCUCCAUGGCAACCGAGUUGAAUUUCUUCAAAAAUCAAUUCGCCAAAAUACCCGACACGCUGCCACUCUUUCCUGUAUCCCAGGUCAAAUCGCGUCGUACAAUGACAUGCUAUGCCCAUGAAGAGGGUGAUGAGAUCAAAUUUGACACCAAAACUAUUGCGCAAAUCAAGAGCAUAUGCCGAAAGAACGGAUCAACCAAGUUCCAUUUUUUCCUUACUUGUCUCAAGGUAUUCUUGUUCCGUAUGCUGGAUGUCGAUGACAUCUGCAUCGGUAUGGCAGAUGCAAACAGGAACGAACGCGGCACAGAUUCUACUAUGGGAUAUCUGUUGAAUCUGCUCCCACUCCGAUUCGAGAGGAAUUCCAAGCAACAUUUCGCCGACGCCAUCAAGGAAUCCCGCGACAAGUCCUACGCUGCCUUGGCCCACUCAAGGUUGCCAUUUGAUGUUCUCCUGGAACAUCUCAACGUACCUCGAUCAUCUACCAACAGCCCUCUGUUCCAAGUUCUUAUGGAUUACCGUCAAUUCAGUGCAAAGAUGCCCCUCCUGGACGCCGAAGAUUACGGCGAGCAACUUCCUAGCCGAACUGCCUCUGAUCUGAUCUUGGAUAUCAGCGACGUUUCAGCAUCCGACCUUCGAGUGAACUUCAAGACUCAAGCAUACCUCUAUUCGCGCAGCAGCACCCAACUUUUGGUGAAGAGUUUCGCCCAACUGGUCAAGUCUAUUGCCGAAAACUCCACCAAAAUCAACCUGAAUAGUGCACCACUCUUCGACACCUUAGAUAUCAAAACUGCGAUGGAUCUCGGCCGAGGUCUAACGCUGGUUUCUGAAUGGCCUGGUACAAUCUCUCAUCGUAUUGAGAAUAUGGGCCUCGCCGAUCCUGAAAGCAUCGCCCUCAAAGAUGACGAAAAUGUCCUAACAUACGGCGCAAUGGCAGAGCGGGUCAAUGCUAUCAGUGCCGUCCUUUUGAGCCUUGGAGCAUCUGAAGGUUCAAUCAUCGCAGUUUUCCAAGAGCCAACAGUCGACUGGAUCUGUUCACUGCUCGCUAUCUGGAAGGCUGGCGCCACCUUUGUUCCCCUUGAAGCCCGAAACGGUAUGGAGCGGCUUGCUAUGAUCGCCAAGGACUGUGGACCUAGUAUCAUACUAUGCCACGAAGCUACGAUGAAGACUGUGCCAGAACUAAAGACCGAGUCUGCUAAAAUUGUCAACAUCACUACCAUCCCAGCCUCGAAGGACACCAUUCUGAACCGGGCCACUCCAGAAUCUAUUGCUAUGAUAGUGUACUCUAGUGGUACAACUGGGACCCCUAAAGGCGUCAAGCUACACCACGAAGCCAUUCGAGACAACUUCCAAGCCGUGAACAAAGCCUACAGCCUCGGCAAGGAGACUAUUCUUCAACAAACUGCUUACAGUUUUGAUCUUGCCAUCGCACAGGUUGUCUAUGGGCUUGGUAAUGGUGGCACUCUCUAUGUGGUUCCAAAAUCCAAACGCCUAGAUGCUCCAGCAAUCGCAGAUCUGAUUGUGACCGAGGGCAUUACCUACACCAUGGCGACACCUUCUGAGUACUUUAGUUGGCUCCGACAUAACGCAGCAGCUCUUGCUGAAUCACCAACCUGGAAUCGCGCAAUGUCUUGUGGUGAGGCUUUGACCAAGUCCCUUACCGAAGAAUUUUGGGCCUUGCGGAAACCAAACCUGAGACUCCUCAACCUCUAUGGACCCUCAGAGAUCACCUUCUGUUCUCACUACGCAGAGAUAGAAUAUCAGUCAAACGACGCGGUCCCUAUUGGACAUGCAUUGCCUAACUAUCAAACAUAUAUCGUCGACAAAAACUUGGACCUUCUUCCUGUUGGCGUCAGUGGCGAGAUUGUCAUUGGAGGAGCGGGUGUAUCCAAGGGAUACUUCAAAAACGACCAGCUUACCCAGUCUCAAUUUAUCCCCAAUAAAUAUUCUCCAUCCGAGCAGUGGCCAGUUGUCUAUCGGACCGGGGAUGUCGGUCGCCUGGAAAGCAAUGGGAAUCUGAUGUAUGAGGGACGACUUGCUGGCGACACACAAAUCAAGUUACGCGGUAUCCGUAUCGAGAUGCGAGACAUCGAGAGUACCAUUAUCAAGGCUGCGGAGGGUAACAUCUUCAAGGCCGUCACAUCUCUCCGAGGCGAUCCUGGAUUUCUCGUAGCCCAUGUUGAAUUCGCUACUGGUUUCCCAGAAAGCGAAAGAGACGAUUACUUGAAGGCUUUGUUGGCUGGCUUGCCACUUCCAAAGUACAUGUGCCCGGCCAUGAUCAUUGCAUUGGAUGCGAUUCCAUUAAACAGCCAUGCCAAGAUCGACAGGCGUGCGGUGAAUAAUAUUCCAUUGCCCCUGCUCGAGGACGAAGGCUCAAAUGAAGUCCUCAGUGAGACGGAGCUGGCUCUCAAGCAAGUUUGGGCCGAUGUUGUAUCAAAAGACAUUGGAACAGCAGCCUCGAUCCAUGGCAACACCGACUUCUUCAAUAUCGGCGGGAACUCACUUCUGCUGGUCAAACUCCAGGCAACUAUCCGUGAGCGUUUUGACGUCGUCGUCCCGAUGACUGAGAUGUUUGAAGCAAGCACACUUCGAAACAUGGCAAUCAAGAUUGACAAUUCGACUUCAGCAGUUUCGAUUGACUGGACAACGGAGACUUCCCUUGAGCAUAGUUUGUUCCGCCGCCGUUCAGUCGCGAUCACCCAAGCUCCUUCAACCAACUCUGGCUUGGCGGUUCUACUGACCGGAUCAACUGGAUAUCUUGGACGACACUUCUUAAAGCAACUGGUUAGCGACGGCAGAGUAACAACGAUCCACGCUGUUGCAGUUCGGAAAGAUAACCCCAAGAACAUGCCUCGCGAUAUCCUAAGACAGUCUCCGAAGAUUAUUGAGCACGAGGGAAACCUUUCAGAGCCAAUGCUAGGGCUCUCAGAAGCAACAUUUACAUCCCUGGCCAAUGAAGUCGAUGUCAUCAUCCACAGUGGUGCUGAUAGAUCCUUCUCCGACUACUAUCAGGUGCUUCGAGGAUCAAACUUCUGGUCUACCAGAGAGUUGGCCAAGCUAGCACUAGCUCGUCGUAUUCCUCUCCAUUUUAUAUCAAGCGGUGGCCUAGUUGAUCCAAGUAUCGUCCACACAUUAGCCGGGUCAGUCACAGGAACAGCGCCACCAAGCAAUGGGUCCAAUGGCUACCUCGCCUCGAAGUGGGCCAGCGAGGCAUAUCUCGAAAAUGCCUCGCAGAAACUUGGCCUACCUGUUCGCAUCCAUCGUGUCAUCUCUACACCAGCUGAUAAGCAACAAGCAUCUCCUGAUAUCAUCAAGGACUUCGCGGACUUGUCUACCCGCAUGGAGAAGAUUCCGGAUCAGAAUGGGUGGAAUGGUAGCUUUGAUCUCAUCUCUGCUGGUCCACUUGCGCAUCAAGUCUGCGAUUCUGCAUUGGAUAUUAAGCUAAAUGACCAGUCCACACUCUCGGUCGUCCAUUACCCGGCUGAGGCACGAUUGAAUAUGCAGGAUGUACAGAAGAGUCUAGAUGAGUAUGAGCACCGGACUACAUUUGAGCCCCUUGCUCCUCACGUCUGGGUUGGUGCGGCCAAACAGGCGGGCAUCGCCUGGCACUUUGCCUCGAUGGACCUGACAGUUGGUGGGACUGGGUUCGUCCUCAAGAGAUAA